AAUGGAUUUUAAUGCGACGUAAAUAUGCUAGUCGUGGGUGGUGCAGAAGGUACUGUAAUCGCGGGGCCUCAUAAGUUUUAUGAAAGUGUAUGGUAAGCCAUCUGCGGAGAUGGCGAACCCAAGAAAGUUUAGUGAAAAAAUAGCGUUGCACAAUCAAAAGCAGGCUGAAGAAACUGCUGCUUUUGAGAAAAUCAUGCGAGAAGUUGGCGUUGCAGUUCCAAAGGGCUCUCCGGGUAUGUCCUCGAGCGGACCGCAGCCGGUGGCAGCCAGUCCGGCCGGCCUGCUGCAGCCCUUCUACCGCGGCUGCGGCGGCUCGCUGCCCAACGUCAACCAGAUGGCCGGCUACCCGCUGCCGCCCGGCCCGGCCGGCUACCAGGACCCGCACGGUAUGGUGCAGGGCAGCCAGCCGUCCUACUCGCCGGACCAGCGCACGUCAGGGUUCGGCCCGCAGCGGAACCCUCGCGCCGUGUGCGACCACCGGCGCGAGACGUCACCGUACAGGUCAGAGCCACCGGCGCACUGCCGGCCUCUGUCUCCUUACCGGCCGGAGCCGGCGCCCUACAGCCCGCCGGGACAGACGUUCCUCACACCGCCGUCCGACUCUGGCUGGCGGCGCACCCACUCGGACUCGGCGCUACACCGCACGCUGCAGCAGUCCGAGUGCUACUCGCCCUCCCUGCAGCGCAGAGCGGGCGGCGGCAGCGGCGGCGGCGGUCUGCACGAGGUGCCCGGCAGCGGCGGCUCGAGCCCGGCGCCGCCGCCCGGCCACUGGAACCCGUUCGACCCUAAGCUGGGCCACGUGCCGGUCUCGUGCGCCCAGCCGGGUGACCAGCGCGUGCCGGGCCCUCCGGGCGCUCUGCUGGCCGACGGCCGUCCGCCGCUCAACGGACUCGCGCCGGCCGGCUCCCUGCCCGACCUGACGCCGGGCGGCUAUCCGGCGCCGCGCGCCGCUCGCUCCGCCCAGGACGGCGACGAUCUCAGCCGCACCCCGCCCUACUCGCCGGUGUACGGCGACCCGUCGUCGCCCGGCCAGCACCCCGCCAGUCACACCAUUCCGCCGCGGCCCGCCAGUCAGAACCGCCUGUCCGUGCCUCACCCGGGCGGCGCCGGCGGCUUCCUGUCCUCGUUCAAGACGGCGGCCGCGGGCCCCCAGUCGCCCGGGAUGGCCCGUAAGGCGCCGUUCCCGGCCCCGUUCGGCGCGGACGGCCAGCAGCCGCAGCAGCAGCAGCCGCCGCCGCUCUCCCCGGACCCGAUGGCGGCCUUCCGGACGCCGCGGGUACGGCAGCGCAGCGUCUCACCGCAGCCCUUCUGCCAGCCGGGAUACAGCCCGCCCAGUCCGCUGGACGGCGGCUUUCCGUCGUCGCCGUCCUCCCCGGCGGCCCAGUCCCCGGCCAGCACCAACAGCUUCUACACGGCCCCGCAGGCGCACCAAAUGCAGCGCCAGUUCGAGCAGUUCAACAUGGGCAUCAGUCCGACGGUGACGGUGCCGUCCGGGCAGCCGAUGCUGGCCUCGGGAGACAUGUCACAGCAGAGCACUCCGCUCACCCCCACCAGCAGCAUACCGGAGAUCACACUGUCCGACUUUUCGUCGGCCAGCGCGCUGCAGCAGCAGGAACUGCUGCGCGACAUGCGCGACGCCAACGACAUCCUGCAGGGCUCCGGCGACAACUUCGACGCAGAGGAUCUCGGCGAGCUGGACCUGGAGGGCCUGCAGAUGCUCACCAACCCGGACGGGCACGUUAUUGACGCCAGCUCUGACGACUACUUCCGGAUGGAGUCGCUGGGCGGCCCGUAGCGGCGCCGGCGGCCGGCGCGGGCGCCUCUCCGGCGGCGCCGACAUUAUUCGACAUAUCGGGCGCGCGCGGCGUGUAGCCUAGGCGCGGUCAUUUCGCGGCGUGUGUGCGUGUGUGCGUGACGCGUGUCUGGGUUGUCACUAGCACCGGGCGGCGGCUGCACGUUUCAGCUCGCACAGUCCGGCGUCCGGCCUCACCGCACCUCGAUGGUUUUCGCUAGAUGGUUCCAAAGGUUGGUGUCAUUUCGCGUGCUGGCGUAGAUGGUGUUCCCAUCACGUAUUUAUAUACAUGAAGUUUCCCCGCUGAGUAGUUGUCGGAUAGCUUUCAUUCGAAUUCUUAGCAUAGGUAUCGAGCAGGAACGUGGUUCAUGCCAUCGGGAAUGUGUACGUAAAAUGUCAUUUCCCCUAAAUGUGUUACAAGUAUCGCUAUUAAUUUAGAUGGUUUUAGAUGCGUCGCUCUGGACAACUCAAAUUUCGUCUUUUCACAGAUGGUGUUCGUAUUGUUAGUGUGUUAUUACAGCUGUGCUGUAAGAUUCGACAGAGUCUGAUCGUUCGGAGCCGAAGCAUGCUUUCCUCGGUGCCAUUAGGCCUCUGCGUUGUCCCGGUCCUUGGUAGGAUGUACCUUUGAUUGGAGUGGGUUUGUCGUUGUGUCGAUUUUCCAGUUUGCUGCUGGCGGCCUCCUGCGGAUGGAACAAUCUGUCGCGGCUCGGCGGUGCCGUGUGCGGCCGCCGCUGUCCCGCUCACCAAAAGCCGGCUCAUUUCCGAAAUUUAUCUGGCAUGGCGCUGUAUGGAAGUCGGGCCACCGGGCGGCGAUUCUGCACUGUUAUGAUGGCUGUGUGUAUACGGCUUGGCGGGCCCGGCUCUGCCGGACAGAGCGCAGACAUGGUCGGAACGGGGCAUUGGAGGCGAGAAGAGCUUUGCGGGUGCUUUUAAACGUGGUGCUUUACUGAAGGACGGCGCGGCCUCUGGCAGCGGCGCUGUUCGCUGGCCGCGCUGCCCGUACGGGUGCGGGCGCGCGGCGCGUCCGGCCGGUUUUACAAGACUUCACUGUCGUUAGUUGUGCUUAUUUGUGCGUGGCGCGCGCGGCGCCGGCCGGAUCUCGCCAGGGUGCGGUGCGCGCCGCUCCAGCGGCCGGCGAGUUGUACAAAGUGGCGCCCGGUCGGCCGGCGCGGCGGCGCCCCGGCGCGCGCGCCCACAGUGUUCAUCCAUUGCGCACGGCGCGCUUCAUCGCGGUGCAAUACUGCCGGCCUCCGCCGCCAUAGCGGCCCGCCAUCUUGUUGCAUUUGUUGCUCGGGUGUGCGUGUCAUAUUUUUACCUGAAUCUAAUACAAAUUCAGCGACAUAUGCGCA